AUGGCGACAUACCAGCAGGAGCGCCCAUCCAAGUCUGAGGAACAGAAGCGGGACGAUUUGCUUUGGGGCAAUCGCUUCGUGCCCAAGAGUCACGGAGCAGGUCGUUUGGUCGAACAUCUCGUCUGGCUUGCUAACAAGCUGCCGGGGAGCCAGACACUUCACCUUGAGCAGUCGGAAAGGACGCUUUGGAAACCGCUCCCCCCCCUCUUAGCCGCAGGCAAUGUCGUUGCCGUGGCUGUUUACUUUACAUUCCGAGACCUCGUGGCGAUGGAUUUGUGCCGGAAGGAGUUGCAGGACUCUCUGGCGGUGACGGCGGACGUCUGGAUCAAGUUGUCUGAUGACUCCUCUGGGGAAGGAGCCCGGGACUGCUCCAUGGUUCUACUCUUUGAUCCCGCCUCGCCUCUCGUCGGCCCCAUGCAGACGCGAGAAGUCAUUUAUGCGGUGCAGCAUUAUUUAGGUUACUGUCAGGCAGCGACCGACGAACAGGAGAGAUGCUCCAGAGCCCGAGGAUCGAAAGGCAAGGGUACUAUUGUCCAUGUUGGAACAGCGCGUACGUCGCUGUGA